AGCUUGCGUAGAGGAUUAACCUACAACAAAGCAAUGAAACUGUUGAACUACCUCACAAUCGUGGCGAUGGCUAUUUGCCUCGUGCAACUUAGUGUCGGGAACAAUUCCUUGGACUACACCAAGCCGAGCAAGGAAGUUGGAAAUCGUCUGCGAUUGCAAAAGUUGCCAGGAUAUCCCCAUGAGUACGGGUUUGGCUACUACUAUCAAGGAGAUAUUCUUCUGAGACCGGGCGAAAAAAGUCGAAUUGCCAUUACCCGUCCAACGAACUACGAUGUAUGGCCCAAUGCCACAGUGCCUUAUGAGAUCGAGGGCGACUUUACUGAGGAAGAAAUAUUAAUUCUUUACGCAGCAUUUGAGCAAUAUGCGAAUAAGACCUGCGUUCGAUUUGUACAGCAUACAACGGAAUUGCAGUAUGUGACGAUCACGAAUGAUGGAGAAGGAUGCUAUUCUAAUAUUGGACGUAAUCCCAAUCCUGUCAAUAACAAGCUCAAUCUACAAACACCCAGUUGUAUGCGAACAGUCCGUACACCAGUGCACGAAAUGAUGCAUACGCUCGGAUUUCUGCACGAACAGUCCCGUCGUGAUCGGGAUACUUACAUUCAAUUCUUCCCCCAAAACUUGGCGCCAAAAUAUCAAAAUGCUAAAUUUAUAAACACUAACUUUGGAAUAUAUAAUGGAUCUAGUACUACUUACGACGUGCCAUACAAUUAUGGCAGUGUGAUGCACUAUUCACGCUUUGCCGGUGCUGCUACAUCGAUCUUUCCGGUGCUGGUAAGAAGAGAUAAUCCCGCAGCUGAAUUGGGUAAUGAUUACGGACUGUCCGAUGGUGAUGUGGCACAGAUCAAGGCCCGAUAUUGCCCGGAUGAUUGAUGAGAAACAAUUGAUUUGUACUUUGACAUGAAAUUAAGUUAAUUACACGCUUUGCAAUUCAUUGAAAUCUUUUAGAUGCAUUUAUUAGAAAACGUGCCAUUUCAUGAACAACUGCAUAGUUCAUAGGAGUUCUGUUGUGGAUGAAGGACCCAAUCGAUUUUCAGUGUCUGUGGGUUUGCAAGAGAGAAAAUGGCGAAAAUCUUGAGAUCUGAGAAUAUGAAAUUCAUCGGACACCUUGAUCCGACAUUGCAUAAAAGCAAUGUCCGAGCAUCACCAUAAAACCGGAUAAUCUUGGAACAACAUACAGCAAUGUACUAAGGGACAAACUGCCCACUGGAGGACCUUCUAGCCGAGUAGCAAUAAGUCGGUGUUCAUCACGCCAGAACGUAUCUCUCUCGAUAAAAUAAGUUUUUCAUUUCAGUUGUGUUUAAGUUUACCAAAUUUUUGUUUGUUUGAGUUUUGUUGCGUAGAUAUUCAUUUUUUUCAUUUGUCUAACAAGUUGUGGCGAAUCAGCCACUACACAACAGACAAGCAGCAACAAGAAAAUUUCUCCAGAAGCACAAGCUACAAAAGUCGUCCACAUUUCCAUAAUAUAAACAUCGUCCCAUGUAAACAGCGAAACUGCAGGCAAUUUUCAGAAUUCGAUCGUCCUACCAACUCAGGAGGUUUCACCUUAAGCAGUUGCGCUGGUGACGAUGGUCGUCGUAUGUUAUGGCGAAAG